AUGGCCACGCUCGCUGAACUCGCGCCCUCACCACCGCACUCGCCCUCCCUCGCCAUGCGUCGCAAGAGCUGGGCCCGCCGCUGCGAGCGCUACUGCUGCAACGUCGUUUCAUACUUCCCGCUGUGCAUUGUCUAUGGCCUCACCACCUGGGCUGUGUGGGUCUCGUACAAGAUCGGCGUGCAGGAGAAGCUCAGCACAAACAGAGACUACUUCUGCACCUGGCUGGCCGUGGUCCUGUACGCCAUGGCCAAUUGGUGCUACACCACCGCCGUCUUCAGGGACCCCGGUUCGCCCGUCGACCAGACCAAGGGCGGCUACAACUCGCUGCCCACCCAGGAGCUGUCGCGCCCCUACACCUCCUUCACCGUCAAGUCCAAUGGAGAGCUGCGCUACUGCAAGAAGUGCCAGACCAAGAAGCCGGACCGCGCCCACCACUGCUCCACCUGCAAGCGCUGUGUGCUGAAGAUGGACCACCACUGUCCGUGGCUGGCCGCGUGCAUCGGCCUGCGCAACUACAAGCCCUUUUUGCUGUUCCUGAUCUACCUGUCGCUGUUCUGCUGGGCCUGUUUCGCGCUGUCGGGCGUGUGGUGCUGGAAGGAAUUCACAACAGACCAGUACAUGGACAACCUGACGCCCGUCAACUACAUCGUGCUCGCCGUCAUCUCGGGCAUCGUCGGACUGGUCAUCACCGGCUUCACCGCCUGGCACCUCAUGCUGGCCGCGCGCAACAUGACGACCAUCGAGAGCCUGGAGAAAACCCGGUACCUGUCGCCGCUGCGCAAGUCGAUGCAGCAGCACUUCAACAACCAGGGCCAACGCCACUUUGUCGAUGCCGCCGAGGGCCGGCCCAGUAUCGGCGACCAACUCGUCGAGAUCCACGCCAACGCGCUACCGGGCGUGACGCGGCCAGAGGAGGGCGAGGACUACCGGGCUACGUCGCCGGCGCAGCGUUCGCUGCAGCGCAACUGGGCGGAUUCCGAGGCACAGCGUGAGCGCGAGCGCUAUGACGAGUACCUGGACGAGCUGGACUCGGAGAAACUGCCCAACGCCUUUGACAUGGGCUGGCGACUCAACCUCACGCACGUCUUCGGCGAGAGCCCGUGGCUGUGGGGGAUACCAGUCUGCAACACGACGGGCGACGGGUGGCGGUGGGAUGCGAGCCCGCGGUGGGUCGAAGCGCGCGAGCAAAUCGCCGCCGAACGCUUCAGCCAGAUGCAGCGCCAGAAGGACCGCGAACGAGCCGCCGGCUGGGGCAUACCCGACUCGCCGCCGCGCUCGUCCACCGCGAGCCCGCCGCAAUUCACAUCCACUUACUACAAGGCCCAGCCCGGACCCCCGCCGCCGCGCCCGAGCAACCGCAACAGCCGCUUCCUCACCACCAGCAGCGGCGUCGCCACCGUGCCGCGGGAGGGCCGCCGCAGCCCCGGCAAGGCCGACGCCAUCCUCGGUCGCGCUCCCGGCCUGUACUCGGACGAUCCGGGCAUGAUGGGCCUCGGCGGCAGCGGUGGCGGCGGCGGCGUGCCCAUGCAGUACAUGCCCAGCCUCCGCCACGGCCGGCCGCGCGCUUCGUACGACGACUUGGACGACUUUGACGACGACGACGAUGACGACGACGAGGGCGAAAACGAAGACGAAGACGAGUACGACGACAGCAGCGACGAGGCCGAGGGCAGCGGCAGUAACGGCAAGAACAGGAAGGGCAGCAGCGUCGGCAUCAACGGAACCUCUUCCUCACGCUCAUCUUCGAAACCUCCCACCAGCACCUCUUCCGCCGCGGCCGUCCCUGCGAUCAAGACGGAAAAUUGGAACGAUCUGCCGGCAGAAAUGAUGGGAGGACGGACAAGGAGAGGGCCGACGGCGAGGAAGUCGCCGAAGAAGUCGACGGCGACGACGGCAAAGGCGGCGGAAGAGGAGUGGCAAGAAUGGGGCCCGAAGUAA